CGCCUGCGCCUGCGCCGUGCAGCGGCGCACGCGUUCGAGCCGGAAGCACAUGUUGGAGCUGGAGGUUCCUGGGGAUGGAACCGGAGAUGGAGGCGCAGAACGCUGGGGCCGAGGACGGCUUCACCCAAGUCACGCACAAGGGUGGCCGGCGGGCGAAGAAACGGCAGGCUGAGCAGCUGUCCGCCAUGGGGGACAGCGGGGACGCGGGCCGCAUGGACACGGAGGAAGCCAGGCCCGCGAAGAGGCCCGUUUUCCCGCCCCUCGCCGGGGAUGGAUUCCUGGGUGGGAAAGAAGAAACAAGGAAAAUUCCAGUCCCAGCUAACAGAUACACGCCAUUAAAAGAGAACUGGAUGAAGAUAUUUACUCCUAUUGUGGAACAUUUGGGACUUCAGAUACGGUUUAACUUGAAAUCGAGGAAUGUAGAAAUUAGGACUUGUAAAGAAACCAAGGAUGUUAGUGCCCUGACAAAAGCAGCUGAUUUUGUGAAAGCCUUUAUUCUUGGGUUUCAGGUGGAGGACGCACUUGCCCUCAUUAGGUUGGAUGACCUCUUCCUAGAGUCUUUUGAAAUUACAGAUGUGAAGCCCCUAAAGGGAGACCACCUGUCAAGGGCAAUAGGAAGAAUCGCUGGCAAAGGAGGAAAAACCAAAUUCACCAUUGAGAACGUGACACGGACACGGAUAGUUUUGGCUGAUGUGAAAGUUCACAUCCUUGGAUCUUUCCAAAACAUCAAAAUGGCAAGAACUGCUAUUUGCAACCUCAUCCUGGGAAAUCCUCCAUCAAAGGUUUAUGGCAAUAUCCGAGCCGUGGCUAGCAGAGCAGCAGAUCGAUUCUGAUUUCAAAUCAGAGACUUUUUAUCUUGAAUUUGGACUCUAGAGAAAAAGCCCUUGCCCUCAGCAUGUGGUGAUAAGAAACCAUGUGAAGAAUUUUUCAGUCACUUUGAGCCUCCAUCGCUUCUUCUGUUCUCAGCCAGAAGCAUCAACAGAAAGGUUUGAUAAUAUUCUCAUGCAGCAACUUGAGGAUAAUUCCUGUAUCUGAAUUUAGUACCAUAAUUAUACUUACACAUUAUAAUUUAUCACUUCAUUUUAAAUAAAAGAUUUACAUAGUUUAUAA